GAAACACCCGCAGCGACCAAAGAAUAUAAAGAUAUAUUUUGUCCGAGAGUAAACUGCGAGAGAGAAAGAGAGAAUCUGUGUGCGUGUGUUCGUAUGCGCGUGCUGUACGCGUUUUGUGAAUGUGUGUGACUCGAAGAGAAUGCCAGAUUUACCGGGCACCCGAAUUCUUACGAUAUUUCACGUCUGUGUUGUAUCGGGUUACAUUUAGAAAACUUCACAGUCGACGCGUCGAUUAAUAAUCAGCACUGCCACCGACCGAGGAUCCUUAUCGAAUGACACGCCACACGGUUUAUCGGUCGAAACGAUUCGUACGCGUCCAUCGAUAUGCAGUUCUCCUCUGAGUGAAUGCAUUCGAUAUUAGGAAAACGUGAAAAAGAGGCAACAACGUGUGUUGAUGAUAUUAGAUAGUAAAAAUGUGGAAUAUGAAACUAUUGACAUAACAGAACCAGGGAAGGAAAUGGAUAAAGAAUUUAUGCAAUCUAAUAGUAUUGCAAGAGAUAGCAAAUAUCCAUUACCUCCACAAAUAUUUAAUGAAGAUGAAUAUUGCGGGGAUUAUGAAGAUUUCGAUUUGGCAAAUGAAAUAGAUGAAUUGGAAGACUUUUUGAAAGUGGCACCUCCAGCUAGUGCAACAGAAAAUGCUACUGAUUCAAAUCAAACUAAGGAAAUUCAAGAAAAUGGAAAUACCACAAGUCGAGAGCCUUCCACAGACAAAGAUGCAGUUGCAGUAGAAGCAGAAAGUGUUGAAGAAAGGACAACUUUACCAAGUGAAAAUGAACAGUCAGACGAACCUAAAUCUAUAGAACAUGAUGGUGGAACAAAAACUGAAGAAGAUGCAGAACCCACAGAAGAGAAUGUUGAUAAAAAUGAAGAAAAAUCUGGUGACCAAGAGAAAGAAGAGUAGGUGUGAAAUAGACCCAUAUGAUAGUGGGACAUUUUAUAUUUCUUUGACAUCCUUGGUUUUCUACCAAA